GCUGUAUUUAGGAAAAAAAAAAAAAACCAAAAAGCAAACCCAGCUUAUAUCUUUGUUUACUGUCAGGGGUUUGGCCAUUAGUAAAAGCAUUAUUAUGUGGGGAUGUUUUCUAGCUACCAACCUUUUUUAAAUUUUUUUUUCAUCAGUGGUAAUUGUGGUUUUUAGUUUUCUCUUCUAUUUAAUUUAAUAGCUUUGUGAAGAGCCGUUAUGACAAUGUGGGGAGUACUUACUGGGGUUUUCUGUGUGAUACCUAAUACAAAAUAUUAUCUCUUAUUUUAGAGCUUUUAAAAAGUACUUGUCUCUCUCCUUAUGAUCUUUAUAAGCUGAUCAAAAAUCUUAUCUGAACUUGGCCUUUUUUAAAGCUAAUCUUUGAUACAUAAAAAAUGCAAAGACAAAAGUAAGCAUUAUUUUCUACUUUCAGAGUGUUCAGGUCUCCCCUGUGACUGUGUUGUUUGCCUUCUUUCUUAAUAUUAACCAUACCCAAAGCCUCAGUAGGUGCAUGUACAGAGCUCAAGUGGGACUUCUUGUUAGGAAUAUUCUCUUCCUCACUAGUCAGGAGAAUAAACCAUUUUCUCUAAGGUAGGUUGUUUUGUUCACAUCAGCACAGCAUUGAAGGAAUUCCUUUUAAGAAUCACAGUUGCUAAGGUAUUAGCACAAAUGCAGUGCUUAAGUUAUUCUUAUUCCUCUUUAAACUUGGAUAAAUAGUUCUUCAUUGCUCUUCACCUAAAAAAUAAUUACUGUAUAUUGGGAGCGGGGGAUUACAAGUUGUUUUCUUUUACUUAAGUCUUGCAUCACUCCAGGAAGAAAGAUUACAGUGUCAGGCAGGAUAUCACCUCAUGAAAAAGUUAAACUGGUCUAAGUACCUGAUUUCUUUAGAUUUAGUUGUGCUUUACCUCAGAAUGCCUCUUUGCUAACAGAUGUCAGGUGUUGAUCGCUUUAACGUCUUACUAAGGGCUGUCAGGAGGCUACCAAACCCAGACAGUCCCAUCCAGGAGCCUGUUAAUUAUGUUAUGUCAGGCUAAAUUAGCCUGUUUUCUGCUUGGUUUUACUUUUGAACAAAUUAAACUUCUUACCUUGAUGUUUUCAUGUGAAGUUGAGGCAGGGAAUGACUCAAAAAAGGUACAUGUUUUAAGUAUUGGCCAUUACUUUCUCAAGAGAUAAGCUCUGUAAUUAACUGAUGUCUGCUAACAGGGUCUUCCAAUUAUGAUAUAUGGGGAGGCUUAACAAACUGGAUUGUCUGGGUCACAGGUCUAUAAUUACUCUUAGUAAUAUUUGUUCAGGGACCAUCUUAAAAGUUGUCCAAACUAUUCAAGAAUUUUGUUUGCUCGUUUGUUGGCUGAUAUCUCAAGGAGCAAAUGCUUUCUGACAAGACUGUGUGCUACCUAUCCGUGUCAUGAAUAGUGCAAGAGAAAGGAAGCACAAACCCUGGAGGAGUCCUGAUCAGAAAAGAGCAAGCUCCAUUCUCUUUUUACCAAAUGUAUUCAAGGUGUCAAAAAUAUUUUGAGGGAUAACUGGAAUUGUAGUGAAUCUGAACGUUUAAAUAUAAACUAUGACAUUCUUUGUUAUUCAAGCAGACUAAUGAGUCUGAAGUAUUUCAAUAAAAGGCACAUCACACUGGAAUUUUAUGAGUCACAGACAAAUUUAGUGUCAUGUCAUAACCAAGGUACAGUGGGUUUUGUGAGAGGAACAGUUUUAGAGAAAUAACUAAGUUGGUACACAUGGAGAAAAGAGGUGUGCUGUUGUCUAAGUAAGAUUUUCAUCUAGUUUGUACCACAGGGCAGCUAUUUUGAAUCUCCCUGCAUCUGUUGCAAACCCAAGGAAAUAAUUUUAUGUCAGAAAGAUUUAGCUUUUUUUCCUUCAACUAUUAUAAAUGCAGCAUAGACAAAAUGAUGAUUUUUUAAAUGUCUUAUCUUCCACUGAGACAUACUCCAGAACUGUCAAAUGCUGUUGUGACUUUUCAGCACCAGAAUUCUAUAAUCCUACCUACCUUAUGAUUUAGGUAGGGUUUUCAAAAUAAAAUAAACACCAUGAAGAGUUAAUUUUCUGUUCUUGUAAAUGCUUGUUGUUAUUUUGGAUUCUGAGGUUUGAGGUUUUCAUAGCUUAAUCUCUAAGUUUGCGUAGUCAUACUUCUGAGGGACCCUUUUGUGUCUUUGAUCAUAGUGCAUAAAGUGAAUGAAUAAGGUGGUGCAAAUAGGUACAUUAGAGAGAGAUGGUAACUCAUUGUGUGGGCCCUGAGAUAGUUGUAUUAGAUAACUUAUGGGUGUUGCAAAAGCCACAUUAGUAGUUUUGCUCAAAAGCUGUUGCACUUUUCAGUAUAUGUUCCUUAUGAUAUGAGAAAAUCUGUCUGGAAUGUAGCAGGUGUUAUGAAAGUGCUGAUUUGUGUUUGCUCAGAAAAGCCAUGAUCUAAUUUCUUUUUUUUUUUCCCCAAAACCAUCGGAGGUGGCUGAGACAAUUCAGGCAACAAUAAAAUCCAUAAAUAGGAAAUAUAACAGUUAUUUUGUAAUGUGUAAAAAUUCAUUUUACAAAACUAGGAACUGUAAAUACAGGCAUAUAAAGCUGUGAAGAGUUCAGAACGGUAUGUCUAAUCUUUGCAACUACGUGUUUAAAUGUGCAAAAGUUUUAGUAAAUCCUGGAUUUUAUUCAUCUUUAUGCAUGAAGUCUGAACAGCAACCAAUAAAAGAUCCUUCUAUUUGGUCCUUCAGAAGCGGCACUCUGCCCUGACUGAUUUCUGAUUUGAAUGCUCUGCAAUACCUCCCACGUACUGACACUGCCGAAUCUUGUAGAAUGGCAUGCAGGGGCCCUAUCUGCAGCAUUGCGAUACCCAGGACUCUAGACCAGGGGUGCACAGUUUGGAAAAAGUCAGGAGUAUAGGACUCUUGCAGGUAAUAUUCCACAGCAGAUUAAAUUGCACUGCAUGAUACUUCUUUUUUCUGUGUGAGGGACCUCUGUUGGUUGGGCUGUAGUGUCCAGAGGGAUGCUACAGGAUUUUGUCUUUCCUUAACAUUUCUGUGCAUUCAUUUUGGUGGGUUUUCUAACCGAGCUAAGUCACAAGAGAAGUAAGUGCAUCUUAAUGGGGGCAUUUCAUUGUUUGUAGUUAAAAAUCUUAGUCAUAAUUUGUAAAACAGGAGUUAAUGAAGAGCUGAAUGGUGUAGUGUAAGGCAGUCUCUUCUGCAGAUUCCUCCUUUCAGGCAUUCACAGCCUGAUUUCUGGCUACCCAGUUAAUAUCACUGACUGCAUUAGACUUACUUCUGAUUUAUACCAGGGUGAGUAUACAAAAACCUUUGGGGCAUCCCAGUCCAACAAGUAAUUCCUGUCUUUUUUAGAACAAUGGACUAACACCUUAGACUGUGAGAGGUUUGAGCUUUGGAUACUCUGCCAUUACAGUAUCAAAAUUUCUGUUUUAUUCCUUUCCUGUUUGCUUGAAUUGAAGGGUUUAUUCUGAUGGGGAUUAACUUCCAUGUCUUCACAUAAUCAGACACGUGUGAACUCAUAAAAUUCCAAGUGUGAUAUUACAUUGCUGGAGGCAACAAAAUCUCAACAUGACAUAAUGUAAAGACACGAAUAUUCAAAUAGGAAUACAAAACAAAAACAAACUUAAUAUUAUUCUACUCCACUUUCAGACUUCUGAUAAAAACACUGUCUGACUGUCUUGUAUCAGAGAAUUUCAUUCAAAGGCGUGCAUGAAACAAACCUACAGAAUUGGACCCUAAAAGUUUAAAAUGAAAAUAUUUUAGGAAUAUUUCAGUUUUUAUAAAAUCUUUGCAGUGUUCUUUGAACUGAUUUGUUUCCAAGGGAGCAACAAUGUGCAGAGCUAUAAAUCUCUUUUAAUAGUAGCAUAUCACAGGUAAGAAACUGACAUUCCCUGGCAGUGUUCAUAAUUUUUUGUUUGUUUGUUGGAAAAGUAAUUUUUCAUUUUUUCCUCAUCCUUCACAGUUUCAUGUAAUUUAAUUUCCUUGUGGUGUUAGAGGAACUCUUGACAAAAAUAGUACAUGUGACACAUUUCUGAGCAUUAUUGAUAUAGCAAUGGAAAAUAAGAAAUUCUUGAGGGAUUUAUUUUGGAACAGAAAGUAAGUCAUAGGCUGUGCCAUGUUGAAAUACGACUUUCUCAGGUGCCAUCGUGGCUGAAACAGCUCUGUCUACACAAGGCUUCAGUUCUGUUAGAUUUUCAGUAACAAACCUAAAUCCAGUCAGAGGGGGGAAAAAAACAAGAAAAUAAAUGAUUCGUGGGAAUUUUGACUUUGCUGGCAAAGCAAAUCCACUUGGAAAAAUUCUCACUAAGAAUUUAAAGCCCAGCUCUCCAAAGCUUUUCUGGGUGGUGUAAAAGUAUUUAGGCAUUGUGUUUUGCUAACCUGUGAAACACAGCCUCACCUCUGUGGGAGCUCUGCAUAAGUUCUUGUUGGCGGUACAGGGGAUCUUUUUGUGGUACAUGAACAACCCAGGUACAGUACUUGGGAACGUUUUAUUGGGAGCAUGGAGAAGUGAAUUCAGCAAGCUGUAUAUGUUACAUACUACAGCAUUACCAACACAUCUCCUCAGUGGGAAUGGUUUGGGGGUUUUGGUAUAAACAACUAUUGCAGAAUUUCUUGAAUGAAACACGGGCGUUUUUUGUGAAGUGCUGAACAUCCGUUACUGAAAAAUCAGAUCUUUCAUGAGACAUGCUUUUUAUCACAGACAAACUCACUGUUUUUUGUAUCUAGAUGAUGGGCCUAACUAAAAUGAAAAUUAACUUUUAUUAUGUGCUUUUCACACUGCAUUUUACAGUGGUAUUUGUUGAGUUAGACAAUGGUAAAUGAAUGAGGGUUCCUUAGGGUUUUACUUGUUGGACUUAAGUAACUGUUUUUGGUCUUCAUGAAAUAAAAUGUUUAAAUUAUUGGAGUUUUAGGAGAACAAGUUCAUUUUGGGGGCAACUUCAUUGACUUCAGUAGCACUGAUCUCUAAUAGAGUUCAGUUUGACUUAUCAAAUGUAUUAUUAUUUUAUGAGAAGUUAAUAAGAAAUGCAUGUUAAAGAUGCUUCUUUUAUAGUUAGAGAGGGAAGAACUCCAGGUAUGAAUUUUAAUUUCUCUGAUCAUUGGAGGGACUUGUCCUGGAUUUGGUAGUUAAUUAGACGUUAACUGGAAACGCUGCUUGUUUAGAUAGGUUAGUUACAGUUGUAUGUUGGAAGGAAAAUGUCUCUCUGUUGGCUGUUUUUAUUAGUCUGAAAUAAUUAGCAAUAUCGGAUAGAGAAAAAUUCUGAUAUGUCAUGCCCAGUUCUUACCUAUUGCACUGAACUUUUGAGGACUAUUAAGACUAUGUUCAUCAAGAUUGUUAGAUGUAUACUUAAGAUCCUAGAAGAAAAAGGGCCAAGUUACACAGUAAUUUUGGCAAUUCUGUAGUUUAAAAUGAGUGAAAUAAGAAAUCUCUCAUUAUCAAAUCAGUAAUAACUAAACUCCCUAAUAAUAAGAACAGAUAUUAGAAAUGGAUACCAGUUUAUUACUGGCUUCGCAAGUUUUACUGUAUCUUAGCUGUGCUGUAAAGUAAAAACACAUUUUUUCCUCAUAAAAAAACAAAUAGCACUUAAUAGAAGUUAAAAAUAAAAGAGUUUUUUUAGAUCAAAAAAUAAUGGCUGAUUAAAGAAGGUAUAAUAACCAUACUGAAGCUUGGGGUGCAUUAAGCAAUUAAAAUAUCAUACAGUUUUUCUUGUAGUGGCGUUGUCAUGUUCAUAGUUCAUAGGUGAGCCAAAAUGAGCCAAAAACGUUCCUUCUUUCCUUGCUCUGUUAUCAGAAAAAAAGCUCUUCUGAAAGUACUUCAUUACGAAAACAGAAAAGAUAACAAAGCAGAACAGCAAAGCAAUUAGCUUAUUGAUAAUAUUUAAGCAGUGUUCUUGUUGCUGAUUAUAUUAUUUUAAAGUUUCCCACCUGUUGAACUCAAUAGAAAUUACUUCUUGAAGUCACUGAAGUUUAGAAAAGCCGCUUUUCCGUAAAUUCAUUAUCAGGCAGUGGGGAGGAUUGUGUAUGUGUGGAAGGCUGGGGAGAUUCAUGCAUGUAAUUCUGUAAAACAAAAUCAAUAAAGCUGAUGACAGAUUAAGUUGCUAAAUUUUGUAACACUGGACUACUGUUUGGGUCAUCAGCACAGCACUAUUGGAUUUUCUAUGGUUUAAUGCUGAAAAACAGGAUUAUUGAUUUUAGGAUUUUCAGCGUAUCCCCUCUGGGAGUUCUUAAGCAGUCUUUAUAAUUCUUCACACUUAAGUUGACAACUACAGUGACAUAACUGUGUCCUUGCCUUAGUAAUCGUUUUCUAAUCAUAUUGGAAAAGGCUGGAAAUGGUUUAUAAAAUGAUUAUUCCGGACAAACGGGGGAACAGGAGGGUUGUCAGGAUGUCACUUCUUUGUCUGGUGGUCAUUGCUACCUGACUGCCAUCUUCCCUUGGAAUUAACUUACAGUCACAGAUUAAGACCUUUGACUGUCAUAAAUCUGCUUCCCAAUAUGUUUGACUGGCAGGGGAGUUCACAAGCCGUCCCAAUAUAAAUAGGAUUUUAGCACAUCAGGUGCUGCUCCGAAGUAAAACGGGCUGUUUUGCAGUUGACUUUGUUGGUGUAUAUUCAUUGCUCCUUUCCCGACCCAUGUGUAUGCAUGCCUGCGUGUGUAUGCAUGUGUGUGUGUACGUAAAGUAGAAGCUGAGAUAGGCUAACAAAAUGAACUACUGUAUGCAAGAAAUAUAUGAAGUGCACCCAGCUGCUGGUAGCAAUUGCUACAUGCAGUCCACUGAUUAUUGCACAUAUAUCGAAGAUAAUCAGGGUUACAGCAGUUGUGAUGCUCAGGUCCUGCACAGUAACAACAUAUAUAUGGAACAGGCCUGGGCGGUGAAUCAGCCUUAUACCUGUAGUUACCCUGGAAACGUGUUUAAAAGCGAGUACUCUGACAUGGACAUGGCCCUGAAUCAGUACAACCAACCUGAAUUUUUCACAGAAGAAAAACCUACUUUUUCUCAAGUGCAGUCGCCAUCGUACUCUCAGAAGAAAGGGUACAUACCCAGUUACUUAGACAAGGACGAGCUAUGUGUAGUAUGCGGGGACAAAGCCACCGGAUAUCAUUAUCGCUGCAUCACUUGCGAAGGUUGCAAGGGUUUUUUUAGAAGAACCAUUCAGAAGAACCUCCAUCCAACCUAUUCCUGUAAAUAUGAAGGAAAAUGUGUGAUAGACAAAGUAACAAGAAAUCAGUGCCAGGAAUGUCGCUUCAAAAAAUGUAUCUUUGUUGGCAUGGCAACAGAUUUGGUGUUGGAUGACAGCAAGAGGUUGGCAAAGAGGAAGCUGAUAGAAGAAAAUCGAGAGAAGAGACGUCGGGAAGAGCUGCAGAAAACCAUUGGGCACAAACCAGAGCCAACAGAUGAGGAAUGGGAGCUCAUCAAAAUUGUUACUGAAGCACAUGUGGCCACCAAUGCACAAGGAAGCCACUGGAAGCAGAAAAGGAAAUUUCUGCCAGAAGAUAUUGGGCAGGCACCAAUAGUUAAUGCCCCAGAAGGUGGGAAAGUGGAUUUAGAAGCCUUCAGCCAGUUUACAAAAAUUAUCACACCAGCGAUUACCAGAGUGGUGGAUUUUGCCAAAAAGUUGCCUAUGUUUUGUGAGCUGCCAUGUGAAGACCAGAUCAUCCUUCUGAAAGGCUGCUGUAUGGAGAUCAUGUCCCUCCGAGCAGCAGUUCGCUAUGACCCCGAGAGUGAGACUUUAACACUAAAUGGGGAGAUGGCGGUGACAAGGGGCCAGCUGAAAAAUGGGGGUCUUGGCGUAGUGUCUGAUGCCAUUUUUGACCUGGGCAUGUCUCUUUCUUCAUUUAACCUGGAUGACACCGAGGUUGCCCUUCUUCAGGCUGUUUUGCUCAUGUCAUCAGAUCGCCCAGGCCUUGUUUGCGUCGAGAGAAUAGAAAAGUGUCAAGAGGGUUUCCUCCUGGCAUUCGAACACUACAUUAAUUACAGAAAACACCAUGUUGCACACUUUUGGCCAAAACUGCUGAUGAAAGUGACAGACCUGCGAAUGAUUGGAGCCUGCCAUGCCAGCCGUUUCCUGCACAUGAAGGUGGAGUGCCCCACAGAACUGUUCCCUCCGUUGUUCCUGGAAGUGUUUGAGGAUUAGAGAGACUGAAGUGGUUCUCCACACCCCCCCGUCGCACUACUGGCUGUCAUUUCAUCCCAUUGCCCAGCUCUUCUCACCUGUUUGUUCUUCUUUCGUGGUCUUCUGUUUCUUGAGAUGGGGCUGGGGUUUUGUUUGAGUUUUCUUUUGGGGUUGCUGGGGGGCAGUUGUAUACACAUGGAUGAAAACAUCCCUUUAAUGCGGGUACUUGUGACUAUUGCAAUUUGUUCUUCAGUCCUUUGAUGUGAGUGCUUUGACAGCUUAACAGUGAAAAUACGAACAGACCAAUCUCAUUCACCAGCAUUUGCGUGGUCACCAGCUCACACCCAUCAUUGCCUGGAAAAUAGGGGAGAGAGAUUGAAGUGGCAGAAAAAUAAAUUUGCCUUCAAGAUGAAACAGCUAUUAUUAAUUUGACCCUGACAAUUCUGUCUUGUAUUACCUCCUUUUGCAGGGUACAACUGACCAAUUCAUAGUACGAAAUUUCUGGUCUUUGUCAUGGUUUCUACUGUAACAAUUACCACUAUGAUCUAGAAUCUUCAUCAUCAUUAUGAUCCCAUCAUUCUCUGAGGUUUUUUUCCAGCAGAUGCAGUUUAACUGUGCCCCAUAAAUCAAGUACUUAAAAUAAUUCAGAGUGUUAGAAGGGACUGAGUCUUUUUUUUUCCAUGUGUAUAAGAUAUUAAGAUCUUCAGUUUCUAAAUUUGGACUCCAGGUAACUUCACUGGAAGGUUUGUUGGAGUGAGGACAGAAAUUUGAUUCUCUGAGGUGCUCCUGAUAGUGGAGGGGUCUGCUUUUUCUGAGGUGUGUGGAAAAUCCAUCACUCAGAGGGAGAAGGCUCUCUGUCAGGACAGCAGGCAGUGUCUCAGAGUUAUUCAGGGAUAUGAGAGCUCACAGAAUGAUGACAAGGAGAAUGAAACAUAUGGGGUGACCUUCAGAUAGGACAGAAACCAACUGUGUUAUUAACAACACUCAAGACUGUAGAGCUUUAUCCCAGGAAUACAAAUAGUGUUGCUCAGCAGUAAUCCUUUGUUUUAUAUAUAUAUAUAUAUAUAAAGUUUAUAUGCACGUAUAUAUAAUUUUAUAUAUAUAUAAUUACAAAUCUUCAGCAGAUGUCUUAAACAUAUUUCCAUAUUUUUAUCUUCUCUCUCUCUCUCUUUCUCUGACUCUGCCCUGUGUGUGUGUGUGCAUGUGGAACAGCUGAGUUCUCUCUCCCUACAGGUAUGUCUGUAUGUGUUUCAUUAGGCUAGAUGCUCUCUUGAUUCUUUUAAUUUAUUUCCACUAACUGCACUAGCAGGAACCAAACUGAGCAAUGACAAAAUGUCCUGCUGCCGAAGUCUGCAAGCCAGUAAACACAGUCCUGGAAUGUUUGGAGGCCAGUGAUGAGGACAUUGUAGGUAGAGGUUCCUCUCUGUCACCAUCUCCAUUCAGGGAUGCUGUCCCUGGGUUUUAUAAACUUGAUAUUAAACCAUCCUCUGAAUUUGUAUGACACUUCUAAAAUAUCUUUCUUUUCUUCUGGGAACCAGAGAUUUAGUUCAUGGUUUUUGCACUGCCUCAUACUCUAUGUUCUUUCAUGUUGUGCAUUGAUUUGUACCAGUUUCUUUCUCUGCUAUUUAUUGACCCAUUUGCCCAGCAAAUUGUGGGCAUUGUUAGAGUGGAUGUGUUGACUUUCAAAGCUCAUGGCCCAUAUCUGAACCCAUAUUUCAUGUGCUUAUCCCCUCAUAAAAACAGGAUACUCAGGAAAACUAAUAGAUGGAACACAAUAUAUGUGUGUCAGGAGUUAAAUUCUUUCUACCCUUCUUUCCCUACAUCAUUGAUAAAGCAUUUGGAGUGCUACUGGGCACAUUUUUAGGGAUGUGAAAUCUUGUUCUCUCUGUUGUUUGAUACCAUAUGCACCUUUGAUGAGCUGUGAGUGCUAAUGUUAUCACUUAGGGUUUUUUUUGUCAGAACACAAAACACAUUGGGGUGUGUAGGAGUUUUUCUGCAGGUAGCAGAAGACACACCAUUGGAGAUUAAUUCUUAAAUAUUUGAUGUAGAACCUCUUUUGUUGGCUGUGUUGGCUCCAUCCUAAAGCAUGUGUCUAAACAACAUCUCUGUCCAAAUUCCAAAUUCCUUGUAGAGCACUGUCUUGGGGGCAAAGAGUCAGAAACUGGCUUUUUGGAUAGGUGAUUUGGGCUGACUUGAUGGAGGACUUACAGCGUGUAAUAGGGAACUCAGAAAAGCAGCCGAUCCCUUACUUGCACUGAUGCCUUCACAAUCUAGAAACAAAACAACACACUUUCGAGACAAUAUUAGUUUAGCAAGGAAUGUAAAAGCAGAAUUGGAGGCCUCCAGGUGCAAAUAUGGCAAAAUGCACACGUGAUACAGGACUUCUGCAAUUUUAUAAGUUUAACAAAUUAGCAUAUUUAGCAAUAGUGUCCAAUUAGAAAACAUUUAGUUAAGUAAUCCCCCCUUUUGGUUCUGCCCAUUUGGAGCCCCUCCUGAGCUUCUAGCCCUAUAUUUAUUAUGUCUUGGAUACAUGGUAAAAGGAAAUAAGACAUCCUUGGCUAAAGAGGCAAGACUAAAUAAUAUUUCAGGAAUGUAGCAUAAUAUGUCUUAGAAGGUUAUCUAAAACAUAGGGGAAAAUGGGUAAGAAAGUACUUGGAGCUACAGCCAUGUAUCAGAAAUCUACAAAGCUACAAAUAUAUGACAAAUACAUGAAAAGCUUAGGUAUCAGUGCCUAUGCCUACAGUGGCUUGCAAGGAAAAGAGAAAUGUACAUGUCUUUUGAAGCCCUGUUUUGCCAUGGAUCUGAGCAUGGGAUUCCUCUUGAAGCCAGUGCAAGUACUUCACGUUUGCUUAAUGUGAGCUUGAGUAAGCAUUCAAGAUUUUGACUGUGCUGCAGGUGAGACCCAGGAGAGGAAGCAUCACAUCUCUUCUUGUUCCAAAAUACCAAUGCAGUUUUGAGCUGUGCUUAGUCAGGGUUCAGAAAAUCAGGCCUCCUUCCUUAGGUGAUUGCAGAUGGACUGAAGUGCCUAAAAUCAGGCAACCAACUUAAGACAGUUCUGGCAGUGCUCUAAGCAGAAAGGACAUACAUCAACAUGUUUUUCUAGCUUUUCAGGUUAAGUAGGAGUCUGGCACUAAUUAACAGACUGAGUUAGUAGUAUUCCCUAACUGAAAACUAAGGCCAAGCUUAUAGUUGGACAGAUUUGAUGAACUGACAUCUAAUGGCCUCUCAUGUCCUACCAGUCUUACUUCGUCACUUUGUUACUUCCUUUACUUCCUCAGUAUGACUUCUGAUUUGUGUGAUCACGAGAGCAAAACUGAUUGACCUUAGCUCUGCAAAGACGUACUUCUAAAUAUCAGUGAUCUCAAGCCAUUGUGGGAUUGAGCCCCUGGGCUGACCACCUCAGUGGCAGACACCAAUGCCACAGUCAGCACCCUUUGUAGUAACUGGCCUUGUGAGUGAAAUAACAAACUUGUGCUUUCCCGUGCAGUCCAGAGUCUUGUUUCUCCUGGUGCCACAUGGCUCUCAUGUUCGCUUUGUGGUCUACAUGUGGGUCUUACACAGAAGGUUUUUCCUGUCAAACCUGAUUGUCACCAUUCAUGGUAUUGCCCUGAGCAACAUGUGCAUUUAGAUAUUCAUUUCAUGUGUAAUCUCAGUUAAGUUGUGAUAUUUAUUAUAACAUAUGUAGUGUGUGCUAAUGAUUUUUGUUUACAUUCUGCCAAAAUGUAGACCUUAGAGUUAGACCUCCCAGGUCCAAAAUCAUCUUUGAGCAGACUGCUUGCUUCUUCAGAGGCAGGUAUCAGAAAGAGGAAUAAAACUGUCCAGAAAGACCAUUUAUAUCAGAAAUCUGCCAAGUGAGGGCUGUUAAUCACAAGCAGAGCAUGUCAUUGCUAGUGAUGUAUUUUUAUGCUAUGGAACUCUAAUCUGUAUGUGUCAUAUUGACUUCUUGCUGCAUGAAUCAUAAAUUUUAAAAAUCAGUCUUACAGUUUUGAGAUGUAGCCAGCAUUCCUAAGGCUAAACCUUUUUCAUUGACAAAAUCAAAAUCCACAACCAAGGAACGUUUUCCUCUCACUGUGAGAGCAAUUGAAAGUGUUCAACAUUUAUCUUUUCACAAAGGAAGAGGCAACAGAACCUCUUACUGUGUCUUGUUAUUGUGAUCAUCUGGAAAUGAUUGCCAGACGUUUCCUUUUGAUAUAGUAAUGAAGUGAUCUAUAUUUAAAUUUUAUAGAGAGAAUUUUAUUCUAGUGUGAUAGAGAUUUAUUUUCCACUUAAAGACUCAAAACGGUGUGAGCACGUUUUUGGUUUGGUUUUUUUUUUUUUUUUUUUUUUUUUUUUACUAUGGUAUAUUUUUGCUUUAAAAUUAAAAACAAAACAAAAAAAAAGGUUUGGCCUUAUCACAAAGUUUUAGUAUAGAUGUUAGCAAACGCAAAGAGUAUGCAUUAUUUGUGUGUAUCCACAUUGACUGAUGUCGCCUUCAAAAAGCAAUAUUGUGCAGGUAAUAAGUUGUUUGUGACUGUCCAUUGCACAGUUUACCUUCUUUAAAAGCUAACCUUGUUUAUGCACAAGACAAUCAAAUGUAAAUCUACAUCAGCACCCAGGUGUGGAUUAAAUUUAUGUAAAUUACUGAGCACAAUGUAAAACAUUAAAAGACACUUUAUUUAAUUACACAUUUAAUGUUGGUAAAGAUAGUAUCAGGGCAUGAACUCGCUGACAUACUGUAAUUUCUUUUUCUCUUUUCCUACUUCUUUAGCACUCUACAGUUUCAGUUUGCUCAUAAAUACAUCAAAUUAGUCAUUCAUAAUUUUUUUAAGAGGAGGGUGGUUUGGGUUGUUUAUUUGUUUUUAAGAAGUCAGUUGGGAGGACUUACUACUUUGUCUAUGAGGUUUGUGGGUUUUACUUAUUUGGUUUAUUUUUUUAUAUUGGUUUCAUGCCCUGAGGGUAAGGCAAACAUUACACCAUACAGUGAAAAACAAAGUACCUUGGAUGAUGUAUUUUUUUGCAAACAGUGUUAAGAGUUAUGCUAGAUUGGUAAUAUUUUUUCAGCCUAAAAUAUAUUAAAAAAAAAUCUGUGAUCACAAAUGUUUUAAACUAUCUAAAGAGAAAAUUUGUAUAUUUGGGGAAGAAAAUAAUUUUUACAUAGCUUUUGUAUGCAGAUAUUAAAAUGUAAUUAUGAAUAUAGUGGGCAUAGAUAACUGUGUAAGCUUGAAUUCUAAAAAAGAAAAAGCUUAUAACUGAAAAGUGG